GGACUGUGCAUUUGUCACAUGAGAGGUUAAUUAGGUAAGUUGCGGGGGAUUACUUAGUUUUUUCUUGUUCUUUCCGCUCCUAAAAGUCUACCUCCCGUGGGUAUUUGUGGGGCCAGCUUUCUCGGUCUCACGCCCCACGCACCCUUUCAGUACACUGCUACACUCUUCCUUCUGGACACAGCGGCAUAGAAUGACUCUCCUGAGUUAGAUGCUCCUUCAGGCAGGUUUGACAGACAACAACCCUGCCUCUCUCAGGUUUCUCUUGCUGUUCUUACUCCUAGCCUGCCUGAUCCAUUUCAUUUAAGGACAUUCAAAGAGCUGCCGCUUUGCUCUCUCCCCAAACUUGUGUUUUAGGAGAGGUUCCUCCCCAACUCCCUUGAACCUUUAGCUGAGCCUUGAAAAUUGCUUCUCAGUCUGCCAUCGUGGGUGAUAUUUCCAAUGAAUACCUACUCUGACAUCAUGAUCUGAAGCUGAAGAGGCAAAAGAUUUUGCUUCUAAGGAGCCCCGCCACCUGGCGGAAGAGUUCCUCCCCUAGGAGAUUAUGUAUGUAAUUUUAUUUUCAGCAAGUCUAUCUAACCUAGUGUCCUAAGACUUUACCAGAAUCACUAAGGUUGCUUUUUCUGAUGCAGAUUCCUAGACCCCACCUAGACUCAUUAAAUUAGACUUCAUAACGGACAGACCCUAAGAGUCUCCAUUUUUACCUUGAUUCUUUACACCUCUAUUGCAACAAAGGGCUUAGACUGAAAGCCUAGACCAGUUUCACCAAAGGAUGGGUUAAGUAGGGUGGAAAAGGGGGGUUUUGGAGUCUCCUGAUGUCGGAACUCUGUACUUAUAAAGUUGUUGGCUGGCUCAGGCAAAAGAAAUCGGGCAGCCACCUUCACACGAAUCCUGAUGUGGCACCAGGUGCAGCCUCAGAGGUCCAGCCACACAGCUCCCUCUCGGCCAUCCCAGCUCCUGAUAAAUAGGUUCCUGGGCCAGAAGUGUGUCUACUAGCUUUCCUGGCCUCAGCCCCUACACAAGUUGCAAAGGGGAGUUUCCAUUGUAGCACAGGCUCCUGGGAUCCUAUCGACUCUGUCUCUAAAUUGAGGGCUAGAGGGAAGAAAUGAGUAAGGAGCUCAUCCAUUCAACCACAUUUUUUUUUUCCAUAAAAGAGGUGGUGGAAAGAAGGAAGGGGUAUAUGGGAACUCUGUACUUUCUACUCAACUUUGCUGUGAACCCUUUGAAGCUGCUCUAAAAAUAAAGUCUUUCCACACACACACACACACACACACACACACACACACACAAAGGGGAUGCUGGUUUCUGGAACAAAGAAAGUGAGGGUAUGAUAGGAAACCAUUUGGACACAGUACAGAAUGUGUAGAAUGAUGGCUUGGUAAGCCUAGAAAUCCUAUAGGACCUUUAGUAUACACUUCCUAUGCUCUGGCCAUUUCCUUCGACUAUUAGCAUUUUAGCCUCAACACAGUCAUGGCAUCAUCAUCUCUGGUUUCAGAGCCCUGAGGUUCAGACUCGGUGAUUUGCCCAGGGUCACCUAGCUAAUGAGUGAGUAGCCCUGCCCGAAGUCACACACACAUACUCUGACCUCAUGCCCCUGGCUCCCCUCCACCACUGCUGCCUCUCGCUUUACUGGUACUUUAUCUCAGAGGCAAGGGAGCUCUCAGAGGGCCACGUGCUGGCCCAACCUAAAAAUAGCUCCCAUUUAUCAAGCACUUCGCUCUACUCUGCUAAGCACUUUGCACAGAUUACCUCUUCUAAUCCUCACAACCACCCUAUGGGCAUUACCGUCUCCAUUUUACAGAUGAGGAAACAGACUUGAGAGAGACUGUGAUGCAAGUCGCACAAGCUAGUUGGUGAUGGAGCCAAAAGUGAGUCCAGGUAGUCCAGCUCCAGAGGGCAGACUCUACCUUCCCCACCACUAGGGGGGUUGGCGGAGGGGAUGGGGACAGACCCUGAAAAGGGCGAGUUGACAAGACUUUACAGCUCCCUGAACACGGCACAGAGAGAGAAGGAGCCGUUAAAGGUGAAAGGUGUGCGUGUGAACCGCUGAGCCUGCUAAGCCAGGAGCCCCGUUGUAUGAUCUGUGUGCGCGGCCAGGGGAGCUGUUUGAAGCUCAAAGCCUACCACACACACCCCCACCCCACCCCCAGGCUGUGUGAGCAGGGCCACCUCAGUCCUCUUGCGGCUAUUCUGGGCUGCUGUCUGAUCUCCCUCUCUUCCCAGCCCCUACUUCAGCCCUUCUGCUGGGAGUAGCCGGGUGGGGAAAGGCCAGGCCAGUUACAUAAAUAAGCCCAUGGCUGGGACCCCGGAGGCCAGGCUGGAGAGCAGGUGCUUAGCCCCUCCCUCACCACCAACAGUGAAAAUCUCUCUCUGGAGCCCAGCCUCUGGGCAGCCCAGCAUGGAGGCAGCCACAGCUCCCGAGGUGGCCUCCUCAGGAUCCACACUGAAGGUGAAAGAAACGAGCCCAGCGGAUGCAGAAGGACCCCCAGCUUCACCUCGACAGGAGGCCGGCAGCCCCAUUCCCCAGCUCCUGUCCCCUAUAGAAGAGCACCCCAAGAUCUGGCUACCUCGCGCCCUGAGGCAGACCUAUAUCCGGAAGGUCGGAGACACCGUGAACCUACUAAUCCCAUUCCAGGGCAAACCCAAACCUCAAGCCACCUGGACACAUGAUGGCUGUGCCUUGGAUGCCGGCCGUGUGAGUGUGCGCAAUGGGGAGCGGGACUCCAUCCUCUUCAUCCGAGAAGCCCAACGUGCUGACUCAGGUCGCUACCAGCUCAGCGUGCGGCUGGGCGAGCUGGAGGCCACUGCCACCAUUGACAUCCUGGUGAUCGAGAGGCCAGGCCCUCCUCAGAGUAUCAAGUUGGUGGAUGUUUGGGGCUCCAAUGCUACUCUGGAGUGGACACCUCCCCAAGACACAGGCAACACGGCACUCCUCGGAUACACCGUGCAGAAGGCUGACACAAAAUCUGGGCUGUGGUUCACGGUGCUGGAACGUUAUCACCGCACCAGCUUCACAGUCUCCAACCUCAUCGUGGGCAACUCCUAUGCAUUUCGAGUCUUUGCUGAGAACCAGUGCGGGCUCAGUGAGACAGCCCCCAUCACUGCUGACCUUGCCCACAUCCAGAAAGCAGCUACCCUUCGCAAGACUGGGGGGUUUGCACAGCGAGAUUUCUCUGAAGCCCCAAAGUUCACCCAGCCUCUGGCAGACUGCACCACGGUCAUGGGCUAUGACACCCAGCUCUUCUGCUGCGUCCGCGCCUCUCCCAAGCCAAAGAUCAUCUGGCUGAAGAACAAGAUGGAUAUCCAAGGCAACCCCAAGUACCGAGCCCUCACUCACCUGGGAAUCUGCUCUCUCGAAAUCCGCAAGCCUGGUCCCUUUGAUGGGGGUAUCUACACCUGCAAGGCAGUUAACCCCCUGGGGGAGGCAUCUGUGGACUGUCGGGUGGAUGUGAGAGCUCCUCACUGAGGCCUCCAAAGAAGAUUAGGGCAACUCUGACAAAGGAAGCCUGACUGUGGGGAGAUUGUGUCCUUAAGCAGCUCCAGCACAACAUCUGCUUUGGACUAAUCUAAAUAAACGUAUGGAUCCUUGGUGCAUAA